CACGUCAAUUUCACUUUAUCUUGUCAAAAAAAAAACUAAAAUUCAUCAAAAUUUUAUUUUUGUGAAGUAAAAAGUGAAAAUUGCAAAUAAAAUAGGAAUUUAAUCAAUAAUGGCUAGUCGAAAUCUCACAGAGGUGUUCCUUAUAAUGAGGAAUAAUGCCACGCAGAGCAAAAACAUGUAUUCAGACAACAGGGAUUCCGAAGGGGAGAAUCUUCUGAGACGAUCUCUGAGGGACACGGAGGAGGGUUUAGAGAUGCGAGAUGAUCACGGAGCACCACCAAUGUGGAUUGAUAAGUUGGAGGAGGCACAGUACACAAUGUCCAAAAUUAAACCAAAACUCGAUGAGUUGACCACCUUGCAUAUGAGGCACUUGCAGAGACCAACACUGGAUGAUCACUGCGAGGAGGAGGUGCUGAUUGAGGAUGCCAGCACGGAGAUCUCGAAACUAAUUGCCUCCACCCACAGGCAUAUUCAGUGCAUCCGUUCGAGUUUGGGACAUGGCAAUAGAUUGGAACAGCGUCUCACGCAGAAUGUCGUCACUUGCCUCCUGCUGCAGCUGCAGGAUAUCACAUUCCGCUUCCGGAACAGCCAAAACACCUACCUGAGGCAGAUGGCAUCGCGAGAGGAGCGAUCGAAUGUCUUCUUUGAGACCCAAGACUUCACCACAAUCGAUUUGGAGCCUCCACGUGAGACAACAGUGGAGUCAUUUGAUAAUUUCCUCAAACCCAAACCGACUGUGCUGGAAGAGAGUGAUGAGCAGAUUGAUGAGUACUUUCAGCAGCCCGUUUCAUCGAGACUAACACAGCAGCAGCUCUUGCUCUUUGAGGAGGAUAACACAAAGAUAAUUGAGCAACGUGAGCAGGAAGUUUCCCGGAUUGUUCGAUCAAUUGUGGAUCUUCAUGAUAUCUUUAAGGAUCUCGGUGGAAUGGUGCAGGAACAAGGAACAAUCCUCGAUAGAAUUGACUACAACGUCGAGACAACGCAGUCUCGUGUGUCUGAGGGCCUGAGGCAAUUGCAGCGCGCUGAAAUGUACCAAAGAAAGAAUCGAAAGAUGAUGUGUAUCCUCAUCCUAGCUGGAGUGACACUCUUCAUGCUUUUAGCUUUGAUUUUCACAAAACUUUAAUCAAAAUAGUUUAAUCCAAAAAAAUCCAAUAAAUUAUAUCCUCUCAGAAA